AUGUCCGCCUUCGAGGCAGACCUUCCUCUUCCUCAAUGGGUAGAGGCCAAUAUACUCUAUGUGAGAGGAUACAUGGUAAUCAAUGGCCGUCCUUGCACAAUACUUAAAAAGUCAACAUUGGACGGGAAGCUCCACUUUGUCGCGAGAGACCUCUUCACGGGCCAGAAGCUUGAGGCCACAUUGGCCCCAGAUACAAGUGUGGAAAUCCCACCUGUCAUAAGACUCGAACUCGCUUUGAUAGAGAUUGAGGACGGAAUGCUUCACCUGGCCGACACCGACGGCAGUUAUAAGGACGAUGUUCGGCUUCCAGACAACGAAAUUGGGAGGAAGAUUAGAGAAUUUUACGAGGCUGAGACCGCUGUUAAUGUUACUGUUGUCGCAGUAAAUGGCGAAGAAGCAGCUAUCGCCGUCGAAAAGGCCCCACUGUGGAAUUGA